AUGUUAAAUGGACAACAAAUACUUCAUGGAGAAACAGCUUUACAUUAUGCUGCUCAGUUUGGACAGAUUGAUGUAACAAAAUGGUUAAUACAUCAAGGAUGCAGUCCUUGGGUGAAAUCAAAACAGGGUAAUACUCCUUAUGAUCUGGUAGAAAUAAAAAGCUAUGAUGAUGAAGAGGAAAAAAGGAAGAAGGAAGAAGUGAUGGACUUCCUUAAGACUGUCAUGUCAAAGACAUCCCCAGAAGUAACUCCUGACACCCAUUUACAGGAACCUGCAGCACCAGUAGUUGAAGAUUCCAUCGGAAAAGGGCAACAGUCUGCAAUGUUGAAUCGUUUAUUAGGGAAGGGCAGCUAUGAAUCAUUUGAUAUGAGAUGCAUGGUAACCGGUCAAUUUUCUGUUGGGAAAACGACUCUUGUGAAGCUGUUAGCUGGGGAUGUCCUACCAGAAGGGCGACAUCCAACUGAUGGGAUUUCUCUGGUAGAAGGUCGCUGUGGCCUCGACAUUCAGUCAAAAGAGUGGAUUCUUGUUGAUCCAGACUCUUACAAUGCCCUAGAUGUUGUGUACCAUAAGGUUUUAAUGACCUCUCUGGAAGAAGAGGAGGAGAGUGAAGUUACCAACAAAGCUUCAGAUACAAGCCCAACUGGUUAUGCCAAAGCUACACUUUCCUCUUUGCCCUCAGAACAGUCUGCAACAGCACAAUCUCUACCAUCUACGAAAUCCUCCAAUGUGCCUCACACAGUAAACCAGAUGGAACAGAAAAUGAGAACAAGAAUGACUAAAGAAGAAAUAAGAAAGAAAAUGGAAAAAGUCCUCAAAAGUGGGAAGUAUAAAAUGAAAGUUGGACGUCUUAUCUUCUGGGAUUUUGGUGGACAAUACGUUUAUUUAACAACACACCAGACCUUUAUGACGUUCCGGGCAUUGUUUCUUGUAGUAUUUGAUGGGAGCAAAGAUUUGCAUGAACAGGUACCUGAUGUGAUGUGUUUUCCAGGGCAGCACAUGACGCCAACGCCAGCAGUAUUCUUGCAAUAUUGGGUCAAUUCCAUCCUGACCUAUUGUAAGGUUGUAUAUGCAGGCAUUCCAAAGAUCUUGUUUGUUGCCACUCACAAGGACAAAGUACUAACGGAGAAUAUUGCGACCAGACGUGAAGAGCUUUACAGAGGAAUUGAGGAAUUGUUUAAAGAUCACGAGGGAAAACAUCAUCUGGUCCUUAGACCUCUAAUAUUUGUCAAUGCCAAAGAUCAAGCCGACCCAGAAAUAGAAGUUCUGAAGAAAACAAUAACAGAACUAACAUUCGACCAUCCAUGCUGGGGUGAAAGGAUGCCGAAUGCAUGUGUUCCACUGGAGCUUGAGAUCGCUGAACUAGUGGCAGAAGGAAAGCAAAUAAUGUCAUUGGCUGAAGUUAAAGAAUUAAAUGCUAUCAGCGAGGUGUCUGUCCUGUCUCCUGGGCAGUUGACCGUCUUUCUACAUUAUCAACAUUCUCUAGGGAAAAUUGUCUAUUUUGACACACCACAGCUAAGAGAUAAUGUUAUCAUCAGUCCCCUUCUUAUGGUGGAAGUUAUGAGAUCUUUUAUUACUGAUGUUGAAUUCUGGCCAAAAGAAGAUAACACAAGAAAAACCUUCAAAAAGAUGUCUGAAAAUGGAAUGAUACAAAAAUUAGACCUCUACCAGAUUUGGGAGCAAGACGAAUUUUGUCAGAUAUUACUCUUUAAAGAGUACAUAUUUGAUAUGCUGAUACACCUUGAUAUUGUAUCUGAACAGCGUAGAUAUGAUACAAAAACAGGAAGUCGGCUACCAGUAGAACACUUCUUUGUACCCUGUAUGCUUACCCAAAGAAAUGAUACAGAUUUCUUGUCACAAGAAUGUACACCAGAGAGGACUGUUAGUUUGGCCUUUGUUUUUAACGGAACCGUUGUUCCUCCAGCUUUACCGAAUCGUCUCAUAUGCGCAUGUCUCAGUAUGUGGACAUUGAAGCAAUACCGUGGAAGGAAACUUAUGUUUUCUGGGUUUGUUGGGUUAUCAGUUGAUAAAGAGCAUGAUAUCGUUGUCUGUGUAGAAGGAAAUAAGAUCUUAUUGCACCUAGUCCACAAGCGCUCCAAGGGUUUGAUAAUACCUGAUAUAGCCACCAGUGUCCGGGAUUGUUUGUUUGUUACUUUAGAGAGAAUCUCCGAAUUUUAUCAGUUCUCCAUCCAUUGUAAAGCCAACAGCAAGUUACCCUUCCACACCGAGUAUUCAUGCUCGAAAUUAAACUGUUUCACUUCAGAAAAUAAGAUGGCUUCCGAAACUGAGGAAUGUCUUUGUGAACACAGAGAAAACAUUAAAAAUAACUGGAGUAUUUGGAACAAGAAAAGGGAACAAAAGCAGUGUGAUGCUAAUUGUCCAGGUUUGAGUGAAGAUGCAUUAUCUCAGAUCCCAAGUAACACAGAGUUGCUUCGUCUGUCUAAUCAUUGUGAGGCACAUAUGCUACAUGAAUUGGCUCUGCAUCUUGGAAUGGACGAGAUGGUAUGGAGUGAUAUGGUAGAGAAUUACCCAACAAAUACACAGAUGGUUAAAUUUUUGACGCUUAUUCAUUUGAAAGAGAAUAAUGAAAUCAGUUUCGCAGAAUUGGACAACGGAUUGAGAGAAAUGGAAGUAACAACACAUAAACUAUGUGUGGUACGUCGAAGAAAACAAGUGAAAUCUGGUAUUCCUGACGAUAUUCUAGACUGUAUUCCAUCAGACGAAAUUUUAGAUAGAUUAGCACCGCUGGUUGGCAAUAUAGUUCUUCAACUAGGAAUAGAACUUGGAUUUUCUGUAGAAGAGAUAGAGAGUAUUAAAGAGAAACGUGAUCGUGAUUUGAGAGCACAGAAUAAGGAAGUCUUGUUUGCAUGGAGGAAAGACAGAACAGUGACACCUACAAUACGGGUACUUGAGCAAGUUUUUGUAGAUAUUGGUAAAGGAGCAAGGUGUUUAAAGGAGGUUGUAAAGGACGUUGAUCCCAAUACACUUAAAGCAGUAGAAAUUGUUACAGAUAGAAUCAGAGAAAACGAAAACAGAAUCAUACAGGACAUACAAACCAGCCAAAUUUUAGAUCAUAUGAUGGCACAUCUGGUGAUAUCAGUAGAUGACAGACGCCGUAUUGAACAACAUGCUGGACAAGAUGAUCAGAACAAAGCUUUGCUGGAUAUUGUGACCAAAAGAAGGGAACCUGCUUACAGUGUAUUUGUUGAUGGAUUACGUAUUUAUGGAUACGAAGAUAUCGCUAAUGAUUUGAAAUGUGAUUUCAGUCCAAGUCCAACAUCAGCAUCGGCAGAAAAUGAAGGCUUAUCAGUUUGUAAUGUUCCAUUAUAUAAAGUUCGUCUACAAAAGAACUACCUCAAGGUCAUCACUGAUAUACAACACGAGAACAUAGUAGAUCAUCUAAUAUCAAGAGAGGUAGUGUCAGUUGAUGAUGGGAAGAAGAUAGAAUCUGGUAAAACACCACAGGAAAAGAACAGGAAUUUAAUGGACAUGCUGUUGCGUAAAAAUGAACAGGGAUUUAAUGAAUUUCGCAAAGCCCUACGAAAAGACUCAAUUUAUGCAGAUCUAGCAGAUCAAAUAGAAAAGACAGAAGUUACUAGCACAGACAUGGCAACUCUUCAUAAAUGCUUCAAAUAAAAUAAAAGUAAUUUCUUUCAGAAAAAAACAGCUAGGAAAACCAUCAGUUAACAAUUAAUAGAAGGAAGUAUUGUCAAUCCAAGGCAUUACGAUUUGGUCACUUCAAUAAUCCACUGUAAAUUCAAAAAUUAUUGCGUGCAUUAAUUAUUGCCUUUCUUUU